AGUCAGCCCGAUGUACGCGCUUCGUCAUAGACACGUUCGCGUGCGAUAUUUACGGCGGUGUUUAUAUAUAUCUUGAUUGACAAGCCAGUAUUACUUAUUAUAAGGAGGCGUAACAGGAUCUACAGCGGCUUUGGGUUUUCAUGGCUUGCUGAGUUUUUUUUCCAUUUUAUUAAUUCCAUUUCGUUCGCCUUGCCUUAAGAUGCAUGUUGACAGAGGAUUCCUCAACGUUAUGAUCCUCAGCUGGGGCAUGAUGCUCGUGUUCACUGCUUUCCAAACGAUGGGCAACAUCCAGAAAGCGGUACUCGAGAGUAUAGGAAAGGAUGAUCCCAAUUUCAAGGGAGACGGUUACGUAAGUCUAGCCAUAAUCUAUGGAGUAUUCGCAUUAUGCAAUUGGCUAGCACCGUCUUUCAUUUCGAUGACUGGACCACGAACGAGCGUCGUAGUAGGCUCCGCAUGCUACGUGCUAUUUAUCGCAAGUUUCCUAUUUCCUCGAACGGAGUUCCUUUAUAUAGCAUCGGUAAUCGUAGGAGUCGGUGGUGCUUUAGUAUGGACAGGUCAAGGUACAUUCCUGACAGUCAACAGCAAUGAAGAGACGAUGUCCAGAAAUUCUGGACUGUUUUGGGCAAUUUUCCAGUCGUCCCUCUUCAUCGGAAAUAUUUUCGUCUACUUUGUUUUCACCGACGAUCAAAUCAAUGCUGACAGGAGAAAUUUGACAUUCAAAGUUCUCACUAGCGUGUCUAUUGUUGGCUUGUGCUUACUAUUGACGAUGAAACGUCCACCGCAAAAUCAAAACAUGGGACCAGCUGAAGGCGUCUCAAGCAACGACAAGGAAUUGCGCAUCCCCGAAAGUCCUAAAGAGAAACCUUUGCUGGCUGCCUGGCACGCAUUGACGGAUGCCAUUAAACUUUUCUUUACCACCAGGAUGCUUAUGCUUAGUCUAACUUUUAUCUAUACCGGACUCUCUCUCACCUUUUUCUCGUCUGUAUAUUCGUCCAGUAUCAGCUUCACUGAAAGCAUGGGUCCAAAUCGCAACAGUCUCCUUGGACUAUCUGGUAUCUGUGUUGGUAUCGGCGAAGUUGUCGGUGGUGCUGUCUUCGGAAUGCUUGCAUCCAAGUGUGGUGGCUGCUCAGGAUGGCCGGUAGUAUCCAUAGGUUUCGCAGUUCACGCCUUUGCCUUUAUCGCUGCCGUCCUCAACCUGCCGAAUGCGGCACCCUUUGGUAAAACGAGCGAUAUUGGUGUGAUAACCCCUUCGCCCGGUCUGGCAAUGGUUGGCAGUUUGACACUUGGUUUUGGCGAUGCAUGCUUCAAUACACAAGUCUACAGUCUUUUAGGAGUGUUGUAUUCAACAGAAAGUUCAUCGGCAUUUGCGCUCUUCAAGUUUUGCCAAUCAGUCGCUGCGGCUAUUAGCUUCGCGUAUACUGGAUGGAUAGGUCUGCAUGGUCAACUUGGAAUACUUAUCGUGUUUCUCGUCUUAGGUACUGUCGCAUUUUGCGUUAUCGAGGUGAAAUAUCGACGUGCCAAGAGGUUGGCUCAUCUCACCUGCCCUGAAAUUGAUGUAUCUGGGAAUAAUGCAUUGUAUAACGAGUAAAGCGAUGGAAGACUGCUAUGUGAAUGUGAUUUUUUAUUAUUGAUCAUGAGAGGCGAACGGAGGAUAAGAUAACUUUUUGUAUAUAUUUGGAAAUCCUUUAUUUUCUAGUUGUUUGUUGUAUUCUACUUGAGAUUGCUUUGCGAAAGAUAAAUGCGUAUUAAUAUCGAGUCCAUCGAUUAUCUCAACGGGAAUUCAAAAAUUAUUGAUUACGAUUCAAUUGUAUACUGUUAUAAUAAUAACGAUGAAUAUACAUGAAUAAUAUCAAUUUUUGAAGACGUGCCAAAAACUGCCAAUAGAUUGUAAGAAACUAAAAACAUAUUCAAACAAGAUCUUAAUAGUAAAUUUUGAAACGCUAAUUUAAUUAGUGAGUUAUUAAAUUCCUUAUUUGUUGAAAAUAAAUUGUUAAUAUAUAAAAAUUGCACAGAUAAAAAGAUAUUAUUACACAUAAACAAAAUUUUAAUGAGAUAUAUUAAGAAAAAAAAUAUUUUUAUUUUUUUAACUGAUUCUAAUAUGCAAGAUUUAUUAAAUAAUAUGUUAGCUAAUCUAAGUGGUGAAGGAAAAUGUAAUAUCGAAAAGAAUUCGAAAUAUUUAAUUUUAUAACAUUUAUAGGAUCUUGGUAUUUUUAUAAGGAAAAAUCCGUAUUUUUAUUGAAAUCUAGAUGGAAAGUUAUCAACAUCCAUCAUUGUGCAAUAACAAUGUGCAACAAGUAAUAUUGUGUACAUCAUUUAUGUAAAUAGGAUAUCUAUUUUUUCUAUGAUUACUCUACAUAGUAUAAAAAAGUAUGAACUACUUCGUAUUUAAAAAUCACAAUUAUACACACACGUUAUCAUGCACAUGAUUAUUACUAAAAAGAUUAUUACGUAACUAAUCGCCGAUAAGAAUAAUGUCGAUCAUACUUCGAAUAUGUUGCUAUCCGGUGUUUAAAACUAGAUUAGGUGAAGGUCUUCUGCAUUACUUCGCGUUCGAUUUAGAUGCUACUUUAUGUGGUUUUAUUUCUACUCGAUAUCUUAUUUUUUUCGUUUGCUCUUAUUUUGUAAUUUAUAAAUUGUUAGUAUCGUGUAUGUAGUGUUAAAUUAAUAAUCGAAUAUUAUAUUUAUAACAAUUAUAAAUCUGUUACGCACUACCUCUAAUUAUUUAGUCAAAGGUAGUCAAAAUAUCGUAUCUUGAAUUGAACUAUUUGAGUGAUGUUUACAAAAAUACUCUGAUUUACUUAAGUCAUAGCUUUUGAAAUAGUGAUCAUACUAUGGAUAUUAUUUAUAUAAAGUAAUAAGAAUACUCCAUUUCAUAAAGGGAAGCGAAACGUAAGAGCAACGAAUGAAAAAACUUAUUAACAUCUAUGUUUGUUGGUGAGAUGCAAUAAUGUAUCUAAGAAUUUGAACACUUUACUUCCGUUCAAACGUAUUGUCAUCGGUAGAUAUAUUUGCAGGUUUAAAAAACUAUGAUAUAAAUUUUUAUAUCUUUAGUUAUUCCUACUACUGAAGAAAACAUGAGUAUACAUACGUUGUUAAUUUAAGUCAAAUAAUUUUUUUAAUAAUUUAAAUAAAUAAUGUUUUAAAGAAAAUAUGUAUUUAAACACACUCUUAAAAUUGAAUUUGAUUUGGAUUUGAUUCAACCAUGUAUAAUAUUGAAUAAAAAGUAUAUUUUCAAGUUUAUAAAGAAUAUAUAGAUAAGUAAGAAUUUAUUAUAGAUUAUACGUGCAGUGCACAUUGGUAAAUAUAAUCAAUACUCAAUAAUUUAUUUAAAAAAUUGUACAUUAUCAGUAAUAAUUGUUAGAUCGUUCUAAUUGUCUCUUAUUGAAAUUUAAGUAUUUGAUUGAAAAUGACCUAUGUAUAAAAUGUCGGUUUGUUUAUUUUUUCAAAAAUACACUGUCUUUUAUCAAAUUAAAAUUGGUAAUGAAAUUUUUUUGCUGAUAUUUGCCAAAAUUGUAUAAUAUUGAGCAUAUAGAUAUUCUCUUAUUGUGUAAGAUCCUGAAAGAAAGCAACGUAGAAAAGCUGUUUAACAUUCCAUUAGAAGUCAAUUUAUGAUGCAGAAAAUGUGUAUUGUAUAUUCAAUUU